AGAAAGAAAAAAAUUACAAGUACCAAAGUGAAUGCUUUAAUGCUUUAUGGUCACGACGUAUAAUUAUUAUUUUAUAUAUUCUUUUUGCCUGAAUGCUUUUUUUUAUGAUUCAGCGGGAGGGGAGAUUUAAUUUAAAGGAGCUCCGGUGAGAAACCCUAGCACCCUCUCAUUUCGAGAUUCAGCCACUGCUCAUCGCUCAGUGAUGGCUGAUACACUCGAUUCCCGACCUCACACAUUCUCCAUCAAACUCUGGCCACCGAGUCUACCCACAAGGCAAGCUCUCAUCGAGCGCAUGACCAACAACCUCUCUUCCAAAACCAUUUUCACCGACAAGUUUGGCAGCUUAACCAAAGACCAGGCCAUGGAGAACGCCAAGAGGAUCGAGGACGUUGCUUUCUCCACCGCUAACCUACAGUUCGAGAGGGAGCCUGACGGUGACGGCGGCUCAGCUGUGCAGCUCUACGCCAAAGAAUGCAGUAAGAUGAUUUUAGAAGUCCUCAAGAAAGGCCCUGUUUGUAAGGCUGAACAAGUAUCUUCUGCUUCUCCUUGUAAGGAAACUGUUUUCGAUAUUUCGAAAGACAAAAGAGCUUUUAUUGAGGCCGAGGAGGCUGAGGAGCUUCUCAAACCGUUGAAGGAGCCUGGGAAUGUUUACACUAAGAUAUGCUUUAGCAAUAGGAGUUUCGGGUUAGGAGCUGCACGUGUCGCUGAGCCUAUCUUGGCCUCUCUGAAAGACCAGCUUAAGGUUGUUGACUUGUCGGACUUCGUCGCUGGGAGACCCGAGGUUGAAGCUCUUGAGGUUAUGAAUAUAUUCUCUAGUGCCCUGGAUGGUAGUGUUCUCUCGUCUCUCAACUUAUCAGACAACGCGUUGGGUGAGAAGGGUGUUAGAGCGUUCGGGACGCUCUUGAAAUCUCUGAGCUCUUUGGAGGAGCUUUAUCUGAUGAACGAUGGUAUCUCUAAAGAAGCUGCACAAGCUGUCUCCGAGUUGAUUCCUUCAACGGAGAAGUUGAGGGUCUUGCAUUUUCAUAACAACAUGACUGGAGAUGAAGGAGCGGUUGCGAUCUCAGAGGUUGUCAAGCGUUCUCCGCUGCUGGAGAAUUUCAGAUGUUCUUCAACAAGAGUUGGUGAAGGAGGAGGUAUUGCUUUGUCCGAAGCACUUGAGAAUUGUACUCUUAUGGAGAAACUCGAUCUGAGGGAUAAUAUGUUUGGCACAGAAGCUGGAGUUUCUCUGAGCAAGACUCUUUCAAGGUUCGAACAUUUGGCUGAGGUUUACUUGAGUUAUCUAAACCUAGAGGACGAAGGUGCCAUAGCCAUAGCAAACGCUCUCAAGGACUCUGCUGCGCCCAUUGAGGUUCUUGAGAUGGCGGGAAAUGACAUAACGGUUGAAGCCGCUUCAGCUAUUGCGGCCUGUGUGGCGGCGAAACAGGAUCUGAACAAGUUGAAUUUGUCUGAGAAUGAGCUGAAAGAUGAGGGGUGUGUCCAGAUUGCAAAGAGUGUGGAAGAGGAGCAUUUGAAACUGCAAUACAUUGACAUGAGCAACAAUUACAUAAGAAGAGCUGGAGCACGGGCCUUGGCUCAGGUUGUUAUCAAGAAAGAAGGUUUCAAGUUGCUGAACAUCGACGGGAAUAUCAUAUCAGAGGAAGGCAUUGAGGAAGUUAAAGAGAUAUUGAAGAAAACCCCGGAGGUACUUGGAGCAUUGGACGAGAAUGAUCCUGAUGGAGAAGAGGAAGAAGAUGAUGAGGAAGAUGAAGAGAAGGAAGGUGAAGGGAAUGAUGAGUUGGAAUCGAAGCUGAAGAAGCUUGAAGUUAAUGAGGAUGAUUAAGUCUGUAAUGUUGGUUUACUUUUCAAUGCUUCGUUUGUUUUGCACCAGAAUCACUUUAUCUGCUGCUGGAGAGACCAAAGAUAUUGAGAUUUGGUGUUAAUUUAAUUUUGCCAACA